AUGUCUAGAUUCCUUCUUGAAGCUGGGAUGCAUAGUCAUGCAGUCAGCUUAAAACGCGAAUCACAAAAGGCAGCUGCCGUGCUCUGGCUAGCCCGUGUAGUGUUGCGCAACCCAGCCUAUACUGACUGGUUGCAUCGACCUGACGUGCGCCGUUUACGUCGCCUUUUACAGACUAAUCGGUCUGCUCAGGAAUACUAUGCACACUGUCGUCCUGGCCUGUUGGCUGAUUCGAUUGACAAGCAGACGCAUGUUAUGAUUCGUCAACAGCAUCCCCAGGUGCUUCGUUCAAAUGGGCACAGAGUCUCGCCCAAUGCAAGCAAAACAACUUCUCCUUAUCCAGAUGGCCUCCAACAGGACAAUCUUGAUUUUCCCAAGAUCUCAAUGGACCAUGAUGGUUGGUUUAGCGCCAUUUUCUUGUCCAGAAACCAAAAUUUUGAGGGAUUUCAGGCCGAUGUUAGCAUUUAUAUUUAG